AUGAUUGCGAUAGAGUCCGAACAACCGAUCAAAGAGGUGCCGAAGCCCGAGUCAACGGGCCCGCAAAAAACGCUGACGCGAUCGAGUGCCGUCAGCCAGAAGUCUGUGGAAAUCAUGGUGCAUCCAGAAGGUUCGAACAAUCCUCUACACAGGUCUAAACUUGCGCCUCAGCGCUCGACGUCUGAGACUCAGUCUUCAGGUAAAAAAAUUCUAAAUCUUCGAAAGACGAAGAAUUCCUCUUUAGAGUCGACGAUGAGUUUGCCGAAUCAGAAGAGUUUAGAGAAGAAACACGGAAGUCUUCGGCAUCAGAAGUCGAUCGUGGCGCAUUCUGAUAUAACGUUGACCACUCAGCCGUCGAUCUCAGACGACCGGAAGGCGCUGAGAGAGGCGCUGUACCAGGGUAUCUUCCACAGGCACAGGAGGACAAUUUUCGCCGUUGGCUCCUUCCUAAGGAUGCUAAAAAGUAAAACGUCAAAUUAUGACUCUAUAAGAUCGGAUUCUGACGAGAUAUAACACCAGUAGUGAUCGUAGGCUAGUGAACAUUGGUGCCACGGACUGAUAGAACGCUUUUGCCCUCAGAUUGGAGUUACUAAUGUUGAUAGGGUACUUUGUAAGAUUUUUAUUUUGUAUUAAAAUGUUCCUAAUUA